UUGCUCUUGUCCCCUUAGGGGUUCCGUAGAGCCCGAUACGAGUAAAAACCUAUGGUAAAAAACUGUCUUUUUUAGGGGUCUGACGGCCCGGCCCGGCCCCGCCCUCUAAGACAUCAGUCCAACUAUUGUGAAGCGCACGCUGGCUGCACGAGUCUACAGAUUUCAUGUUAUCAGUCAAAUGAGCGUCUGUUGCAGCGUUGCAGAUUCUGCCCAGGAGUGUGAGAAACCAUGAAAAGAAAAAGGUCCCCUGAAAGACAACCGCCCGGCCCUCAGAUGCUCUCCAAGACUAUUGAAGAAAUGGUGAAUAGCAAGGUCCGUGUUGUAAUAGAAGAACUGGAGAGUACAAGAAAAGAACAACAACAAAAAAUGAAAGACUUAGACGUUGACGAAAAAAACUUCGAGGAGAAGCUGAAGAAACUCAAAGCUCACAUACAAAAGGUGAAGAGAAGAGGGGAUGCUGCCAUGGCUUAUUUAAGACAGCGCCAUACCCCGGGCAAGACAGUCUGUCUUGAUCAGAGAUCCGGCCUGCGAUCCCUCUCGACCACCCCUCCUGCUGACAGCUGUGCCCCAGGGGCUGUCACCAGUUCCAGGAACUCCGACAGUGGAGAUGGAUCCAGUGAUGGAUGGCUGAUGGCUGAAAACGACAACGAAGAAGCUGGAAGUGGCCAAUCCAGAAGGAAGGCCGUGGAAGGCUUUUGGCAGGGUUGGCGGGGCAGAAUGCAAUUAGUGGACCUGACCGCUGAGGACAUCCCAGUAGACUUACCUGAACAAAGCUGCUCUGAGAGAAGCAAUACAUCAUCUCAUGUUACCACAAGCCUUCCAAAGGAAGUAAAGGUUAAGGUGGAAGAAGAAAGGAGUUCCUCUAAUGGCCCACCUCAGAGCAUGUCUACACCCCAACCUGCUCCAGAACCUUGCCCAUCACCUCCGUUGCGCUUAGUAAAGGCUGAACCAGAAUCACCCAAGCCUGUGAGCAUAAAGACUGAAGAGACACCAUAUGCCGUUUCAGAAUCGGCGACGCAACAACAAGCAACGAAUACUUCCCAAGUAACCUCCACCAUCCCAAUUCCACCAUCCAGUCUAGCAGCACAGAACAACACAACUGAUAGCAAGGCAAAUAUAAAAGGAGGCGAUGAUCCAAAGUUGAAGAAAAUCCUUGUUCGCGAUGCCAAUGUACAUGGGGAUGACUGGAAGAAACAGUUGCACCCUCUGCCGGACAGAUCCUUCCCCACCACACUCCCGCUGGCCGCCGCCUCGAAGAACGUCCCGCAGGCGCUAUCGGUCAAAGUGUGGCGCAGCGGGAGCGACCCGAAUAGUCUCUUCCUCCGCUGGCAGGUGGCGGAGGAGGACCCGCACGCACCCCCCAUGGACAGCUACUUCAUCUACGUGGCCCAACAGAACCUCGACGGCGUCUUCUCCCGCUGGUCCAUGGCCGGAUGCGUCCCCGCCUCCCCCCUCCCCAUGAACUGCCACCUCUCAGAAUUCCCCAGCUACCGCUGCCUCUGCUUCGCCGUGGUUGGCAGGGACAAGUUCGGCCGAUUCGGACCCUAUAGCGAAGUAGUGGGCAUCUAUGCCAAAUCAGUGAAGCCAGUCGUAAGACAAUAGGCAGUAGGACUGGGAUCAACGGGGUGUGUUGCCAGCAGACCUUCCCAUUCUUGCACAUUUAAGACAUACCGUCUGUGCAGUCAUUGUUGCAUGUUCUGUGCCCUACCUGAACCAGACAUUCUAUCCUCUUAUUCUGUGUAUUUCGAUUUUUGCAUGCUCUUAGACACAGAACUACUUGUCUGUAUGUUCGAGUUGUUUGUUUGAACUAACAUCACUUUCCUACACUGCAGUGGAAGUAAUUUUUGUUUCAAUUUUUUAAGUUCAAUAAAUGUGCUGACCUUGUGAGAGAGUCAUUUUUAAUGUUCGGGUUUUACGCCUGCGUAAAGUUAGAUGCAGCAGGUCUUGAGUGGAUGUGUUUCCCGAGGAAGGCAAACAGUGUUGCGCAGCUUUUUUGUAACAAUCAUCAUUACCUCUGCCCAUGUCCAUUUCUUAAUUGUGUGGUUUGUUGGUUGGUUGGUUUGUUUGUAGAAGAUUACACAAAAACUACUGGGCGUUUUUAAAUUUGACUUAGGAGAGAACUGUAAAAUGGACCAAGAGGUUUAGUACGAUCCUGUUAACAAACAAAAACAAGCACAGGUGAAAGGUGGAGGAUCUGUGCACUGUUAAGUGCCAUUCUCUUUUUAUUUGUUUGUUUAUUUAUCCUAGGAGAUGUUUGUUUAUUUCCCCUAGGAGAUGUUUAUUUACCAUAGGAUAUGUUGUCUUUAAAGCAUGGAGACAUCUGGCUUAACAUUUUAAGCUCUUCUUUUUCUGUGUAUAUUGUACAUUUGUUCAAAAAUACCGCUGAGAACAUCUGAUCAAUCAAUAAAUUACACACAGUAUGCUGUG